AUGAAGCCAGACUCUCUAUUGUCGGCGUUUGCGCUGCUGCUUACAGGCACCAGUGCCUCGAGAGCCGGCAUCCAUGGCGGCCGACCUCGUGAGGUUGUGCUUGACAGCGCAAAAGGGCCGCUUCAGAACAUUGUUACAUGGGACGAGCACUCUCUAUUCAUUCAUGGGGAGCGUGUCAUGAUCUUCUCUGGCGAAGUCCACCCUUUUCGCCUACCGGUACCGUCCCUAUACCUUGACUUGUUCCAGAAGAUCAAGGCCCUUGGUUUUAACAUGGUGUCGUUUUAUGUGGAUUGGGCACUUUUGGAAGGCAAGCCAGGCAAUUUUCGUGCCGAUGGCAUCUUUGACCUGGAGCCUUUCUUUGAGGCUGCCACCAAGGCUGGCAUUUACUUGCUAGCUCGUCCAGGGCCUUACAUCAACGCCGAAGUGUCAGGAGGCGGAUUUCCCGGCUGGCUGCAGAGGGUCAAGGGCAUUCUUAGAACCGAUGCUCCUGAUUAUCUGCAUGCCACAGACAACUACAUGGCACACAUCGCGUCGAUCAUUGCAAAGGCACAAAUCACAAAUGGGGGACCGGUGAUUCUGUAUCAACCGGAGAACGAGUAUAGCGCCGGCCAUGCGGGCGUUGUGUUUCCAAACAAACCUUACUUUCAAUAUGUUAUUGAUCAGGCUCUAAAUGCCGGCGUCGUUGUCCCUCUGAUCAACAACGAUGCUUUCCCCGGUGGCACAAGCGCCCCUGGUACAGGUCUAGGAUCUGUAGAUAUCUACGGCCACGAUGGUUAUCCUGUUGGUUUUGAUUGUGCUCAUCCUUAUUCCUGGCCAGAAAACGGUUUACCUACGACGUACCAUCAGCAGCACCUCAGCAUAAGCCCAAAUACGCCAUUCUCCCUUGUUGAGUUCCAGGGCGGUUCUUUCGAUCCAUUUGGUGGAUGGGGUUUUGAACAAUGCUCUAUUCUAGUUAACCAUGAGUUUGAGAGAGUCUUUUAUAAGAAUAAUUAUGCGGCUGGCGUGACUAUAUUCAACCUAUACAUGAUAUUUGGCGGUACCAACUGGGGUAACCUCGGCCACCCUGGCGGUUAUACAUCAUACGACUACGGAUCUAGCAUCAGAGAAGACAGGACAGUCGAUAGAGAAAAGUAUUCAGAACUGAAAUUGCAAGGCCAGUUUAUGAAAGUCUCCCCUGGGUAUAUCACCACCACUCCAGGCAACACAACCCAAGGUGUAUACAGCGACAAUCGAGACAUUGCGAUAACGCCACUCUUGGCCGAAGAAAGCGGUAACUUCUUUGUUGUGCGCCAUGCAAACUACUCAAGCACAGCGUCGACAUCGUAUACAAUCAAACUACCCACUUCCGAAGGAGAAAUCACCAUCCCUCAGCAAGGCGGCUCGCUGACUCUAAACGGUCGGGACUCCAAGUUUCACGUCACCGACUAUCCCGUUGGGAACUACACAUUGCUGUAUUCAACUGCGGAGAUAUUUACGUGGAAAGCCUUUGCCGACAAGACGGUUCUGGUUCUUUAUGGCGGCGCGGAUGAGCUACACGAAUAUGCUGUCAAGAACCCAUUUGCAGGUACAAAGGCCACCAAAAUCAACAAGAUUGAAGGAAGUAGUGUUACCGUUCACACUACCAAGGAUUUGACUCUUGUUCUUCAAUGGACGGCUUCCCCCGCCAGGCAAGUUAUUCAAUUGGGUGACUUGGUCAUCCACAUGGUUGAUCGUAACUCUGCAUACAACUACUGGGUUCCCACUCUCCCUGGAAGCGGUAACCAGCCCGCUUACGGCAGUUCCUUGAUGAAUCCCGCUGCUGUCAUUGUGAACGGGGCCUAUCUCGUCCGCUCUGUAGCCAUUGAAGGCUCAGCUCUUUCCCUGCAGGCGGAUUUCAACGUCACAACUCCGCUAGAAAUCAUCGGCAUCCCACAGGACGUCUCGAGACUUAUCGUCAAUGGAGAAGAGUUGAAAUACACAGUUUCAGAACUCGGAGACUGGAUCACUAACCCAACCAUUGAGCUUCCAGAUAUCCAGGUCCCAGACCUAUCAAAGCUCACAUGGUAUCGGCUAGACUCUCUUCCAGAAAUUCACAGCAACUAUGAUGAUUCUCACUGGCAGCUUGCUAGCCACAGAACGUCUAACAAUUCCAUUGCACCUCUCAAGACACCUGUGUCGCUAUACGGCUCAGACUACGGCUUCCACACCGGAACGCUCCUUUUCCGCGGCCGCUUCACGGCGUACACCGCGCAACAGCAGCUCUUCCUCACUACCCAGGGUGGAUCCGCCUUUGCCAGCUCCGUCUGGCUCAACGACCAGUUUGUCGGUUCCUUUAACGGCUUCGACGCCGCGGAAAGCUUCAACUCGACCUACGAGCUCAACAAUCUCGUCCGAGGCCGGCGCUACAUCCUCACCGUCGUUGUCGAUUCUACAGGCCUCCACGAGAACUGGGACAUUGGUCUCGAUGGCAUGAAGGGCCCCCGUGGCAUCAUCGACUAUACCCUCGUCUCCUCCAAGGGUUCCAACGUGCCCAUAUCCCCCUGGAAAAUCACCGGCAACCUCGGAGCUGAGGACUACCAAGAUGUCUUCCGAGGCCCUCUCAACGAGGGUGGCCUCUUCUUCGAGCGCCAGGGAUUCCACCUCCCGUCCCCCCCGCUCCACGCCUUCUCUCGCGGCUCUCCCUACAAUGGCAUUUCACGCGCGGGCAUCGCCUUUUACGCAGCCAAGUUGCCCCUUGACAUCCCCGCCGACAAGUAUGACGUCCCGCUGUCUUUCGUCUUUGACAACACCACCAGCACCGCGCCAUAUCGCGCUUUGUUGUACGUCAACGGCUUCCAGUAUGGUAAAUACGUCAGCAGUAUUGGCCCUCAGACCGAAUUCCCUGUCCCAGAGGGCAUCCUCAACUACAAUGGUGAUAACUGGAUCGGUGUUGCGCUCUGGGCACUGGAAAGCCAUGGUGCCAAGGUCCCAGGGCUUACACUCAAGAGCCGCUCGCCGAUUCUUACGAGCAGGAACAAGGUAGAGCUAGUCAAGGGACCAGCGUACAAGAAGAGACACGGGGCAUACUGA